UCAACGUAAUGACGUAGGGAGCGUCGCUAUAAGAAACAGCGUAACAGCCAUUCCUUCAGUCAGAGCUCGUGGAGGACAUCACGACAGACACCAGCUCUCUGUCUCUACCGGAUCUUUUUAUGAGGCACUUCGGAGUUGUGGAGUUUGUCCUUCCUUUAGUUCUCUGGACCUUCAGAAUACCUUUCUGUGUGACAGCCCGGACGGAGGAUGAAGCGCCUCGAGUGAUUGGAGCACCUCGGCCAAUCAUCGCUGCUGUGGGCGACGACGUCAUCCUGCCGUGCCACCUGCAGCCCACGUUCAACGUGCAGCGGCUGACGGUGGAGUGGUCUUUGCCCGACCUCAAGCCGGACCCCUCAGAUCGGCUGAGGGGGGUCAAGUACGUGCACAUCUACAGGAAACGAGAAGAAGACCGCACCAUGAAGAUCCAGUCGUACAGCGGGAGGACGUCGCUGUUCACACAAGAACUGACAAACGGAAACAUUUCGCUGGAGAUCAAGAACGUGACGCUCGCAGACGGAGGGAGGUACAGAUGUUUCAUCCCGAAGUUAAGGAGCCGAGUGAGGCAGGCGACUGUACGACUUGUUGUUGUACCAACCUCUGUUGAAACGUGGACGACGGAGACGCCGCUGCUUCCCAGAACUCUGGAACAUCCCGACCCAAAGAAGGAGCCGGACGCUGAAGGUGGACUUGAUCUGAACAUUUGGAUCCCGGCUCUGGUUAUCUCCUUACUGGUCCUGGUCGGGGGGGUCGGAUGUUUACUCAAACACAAAUCUCAAGAUCUUCUGAAGUAUAACCUCGCCCCCCGUGGAGCUGCUCAGAGGUGACUAGGAGCGCAGGGUCUUCAAACCUGCAGCACGUCCAGCCCAGUGGAGCAGCAGGCGGGAGGUCUUCAGGGUGGAUGCAGAACGUGAGUCUGACUGAAGAUGAACUCUUUAAGGAAUUGGAAGAAACUGAAACUGAAGGAUUGUUAACAAAAACAAAGGAGACGUGUGAAACAUCAGCGACGGGAUCGUUUCAUCCACAUGAGACCUGCAGAGAGAAAGGUGUGUGUGUGUGUGUGUGUGUGUGUGUGUGUGUGUGUGUGUGUGUGUGUGUGUGUGUGCCAGAGAAGAAGAACUGAUGAUCACUUCAUGUUUACUCGUAUUAUAUUAUAUUGUGUGUGUGUGUGUGAACCAGAGAAGAAGAACUGAUGAUCACUUCAUGUUUACUCGUAUUAUAUUAUUUCUGCUUUGUGAAUUGAAACUUUUGUGUGUUAGAAACUUGUUGUAUAAUUAAAUGGAGAUGAAGCGUUUGCACUCUGUUCAGGGACAUUAUAAUGUCUUACAGUACGUUCAGUGUACUUGAGUGUUUGCACUAACGUGCACGUAGCAUGGUAAAAUAAAGGUAUUUUAAAUAACGUU